AACUGUUUGCAUACCAGUCUCCCCUCAACACUGCGUGCGUGUCUAAAUUGGGAUCGCUGAUCUCGGAGCGGUGGAUUUUUAAUAGUUGGACGCACGUUUCACUCCGGCGGACAUCCUGACUGAUCCCUUUUCAUUUUGUUGUUGUUUUGUUUCACCUGAAUACGCAGGUUGCAAUCAGUAGUAGCAGAUUUCACAAAUAGGCUUUUAGUAACAGAAAAAACAGCGUGUCACAGCCUGAGGUUUCGGCACUGAGCCCAUGAAAACAGGAGAGGAGAGGAAAGUGAGAGAAGUCAUCAGCUCCACCUGAACAAAGACGAGGAACAAGCAGAUACACAUGGGGCAGGGAGAGGCUUCGGCACGAGGGACAACCAUGGAGGGGGACUGUCUCAGCUGCAUCAAGUACCUCAUGUUUGUCUUCAAUUUCCUCAUCUUUCUGGGGGGCUCUUUCCUCCUCGGAGUGGGAGUGUGGGUACUGGUGGACCCCACAGGGUUCAGGGAAAUCGUAGCGGCCAACCCCCUGCUAUUCACCGGUGUCUACAUCAUUCUUGGUAUGGGAGGCAUGCUCUUUCUUCUCGGCUUCCUGGGCUGCUGUGGAGCCAUCCGUGAAAACAAGUGUCUGCUCCUCUUUUUCUUCAUGCUCAUCCUCCUGAUCUUCUUAGCAGAGUUGGCUGCUGCCAUCCUAGCCUUCAUAUUCCGGGAGCAUCUGACCAGAGAGUACUUCACCAAAGAGCUGAAGAGACAUUACCAGGGCUACAACAACAGUGACGUCUUCACCUCCACAUGGAAUGCCAUCAUGACUACAUUUGACUGCUGUGGGGUGAACAGCCCAGAGGAUUUUAAGGACAGCCUGUUCAGGAUGAUCAACCAAAAUCAUGUGGUGCCAGAAGCCUGCUGCCAGCGUGCCAGUCAGCCUGCCGAGUCAGCCUAUAUCAGCCAGGAGCAGUGCUUAUCAGGCAAUAUGAUGUUCCGCAAUAAUAAGGGUUGUUACUCUGCAGUAGUCGACUACUUUGAACUGUACAUCUAUGUGGCUGGAGCCCUGGCCAUUGUGGUGCUAACCAUUGAGCUUUUUGCCAUGGUUUUUGCAAUGUGUCUCUUCAGGGGAAUCCAGUAGAGCUGCUCCAUCCAUGAACUCUUUUUUUCUUUGUUUGUUUUGUUUUAAAAAAAAAAAAAAAAAAAGGGAAUUCAGGAGAAAAGAAAAAAAAUGGACAUUUGUAAAUUUGUGGAUCUCUUUUUCUAUUGGCUAAUUGGUAGAAAAACAAACUCUUGUACUUCACAGCUGGACUUUUGAGGUACUGGGUGAUUAAAAAAAUACACACACACAUAUAUAGAGACACACAAACCAUUGACAAAGUGGGAGACUAGAGAGAAAACUGAUGUAAAAACAUUUGUGUGCAAAGUGGAAACAGUAAUUUGUGGACCAGGUCUAGGGCAGACUGGGUGUAAAGUGGACCGGGGGAUGAGGACCAGGUGAAGCCUGAGCAGAAGGCACUGCACUGACUUUUGGAUGAAGAAUAUUUAUAUUAAGUAAAGUUGGCUUGACUGUAAAAAAAAAAAAAAAAAAAAUGUGUUUCUUGUAAACUCUGGCUGUUAUCCUUCCCCCUUUCAUACUGUAAACUGUAAUAACCUUCCUCCACAUGCCUUUUUUUUUACAGCCACACUUCUUCAAUGCUGUAUUAUAUAAGCUCUGUUUAUUUGUGUGUGUGUGUGUGUGUGUGUGUGCGCGCGUGCGUGCGUGUGCGUGUGUGUGUGUGUGCGCAUAUGUAUAUACUGGAUGCUCUUUAUGAAUGUGUAUGAGCCUAUUUGUAUGCAUGUGAGCUUGUGGCUCUCCAAGAUCUCUCCCAAGCUUCAAAGCCAGUUUCUCUCAUUUUUUUUUUCUGUUUGUAUGGUGAUGUUUUAUUGCAUUAGUGGUUAAAUGUGGUUCUUGGUGGUGAAAUGUAUGUGUAUGCAUUUGUAUUAGAUUCUUGAAAAGUAAAUUACAUAAAUGGCAUUUUACCUGA